AUGGCCGUAUCUGAGUCUCAACACAAGUCCACCACCAAGGCCAACGCCAAGCAGAAGAAGCGCCCGAUCCCCCAGCCGGCGCCCAAGCUCAUUGUCGGCAACAUUCUCGACAUUGAUAUUAACAACAUGGUGGAAUCGUUGACGCGCAUCUCUCGCAUCUACGGCGAGAUCUUCCAGAUGAAGUUGUUCGACAUGAUGAUCUUCGUCUCGUCGCAAAAGCUUGCCCACGCCCUCUCUGACGAGAGCAAGUUUGACAAGGUCGUACACCUGCCGCUGAUGGAGGUGCGCGAGUUUGCAGGCGACGGCCUGUUCACGGCUUUCAACGAAGAGCCCAACUGGGCCCUCGCACACCGCAUCCUCAUUCCCGCAUUCGGCCCGCUGGCCAUCAAGAAGAUGCAGCCGAUGAUGCUCGACGUCAUCACCCAGAUGCUCAUGUUCUGGGAACACCACGCGGGCCAACCCCUCGAGGCCGCCGACCAGUUCACCCGCCUCACCUUUGACACGAUCGGAUACUGUGCAUUCCGGUACCGCUUCAACUCGUUCCACUCCGAGAAGGUUCACCGGUUCAUUGAAGUCAUGGUCAAGCUCAUGCUCGAGGCGCAAGCUCGCAGUCGCAGGCCUGGAAUUAUCAAGACCGCCAUGUUCCGCAGCGAGUCCGAGCACCGUGCCAACGUCAAGGAGCUACACCACCUUUGCGACGAGAUUGUGGCAGCCCGGAGAAUGAAUCCCGAUCCGGACGCGCACGACCUGCUCAACAACAUGAUCUUCGACUCUGACCCCAAGACAGGCGAACACCUACCCGACAAGAACAUUCGUUUCCAGAUGGUCACGUUCUUGAUUGCAGGACACGAGACGACUUCGGGCAUGCUCUCGUUUGCAAUGUACUACCUGCUCAAGAACCCACUCACGUUCGCCAAGGCACGCGCGGAGGCCGAUGCGGCCAUCAAGAAGGCCAACGGCAGCCUGCUCGACAUUAACCCGGCCGACCUCAAGUACAUCGAAGCGAUCAAUAAGGAAUCGCUACGACUGCACCCGUCUGCCCCCUCAUGGGCUGUGGCGCCGCGGAACCCGGAAGGUCAGACGCUCCCAGGUGGUUACCACGUCGCCCAGAACCAGGUCGUGUUCGUCUACCUCCCGAUGCUUCACCGCGAUCCCAAGGCGUGGGGCGCCGAUGCCGAGGACUUCCGGCCCGAGCGAUUCAUCGACGGAAGCACGAUUCCCCCCGACUCGUGGAAGCCGUUCGGUAAUGGACAACGCGCGUGUAUCGGCCGCGGCUUUGCUCUGCAAGAGGCCGUCCUGGCGCUUGCGCUGAUCGUUGCGCGCUUUGACAUUGAGAUGGCGGAUCCGUCCUAUGACCUCAAGGUCUUCCAGACACUCACGCUCAAGCCGCAUGAUUUCCAUAUCAUCGCGCGCCCGCGCUUCGGCCGCAACCAGAGCAUCCUGUCCGAGCUCAUCUCGUCGGCAGCCGGCAACAGCGGGAGCUCGUACACAACCGAGGCGAAGCGAGACGCGGCCAAGUGGUCCGGUGGCAACGGCGAGAAGAUCCAUGUCCUGUACGGGUCCAACUCGGGCUCAUGUGAGGGCCUCGCAAAGGAGAUUGUGAGCGAGGGCGACCAGCGCGGCUUCAACAUGAGUCUCGGCGAGCUCGACUCGGUCGCUGGCGGCGGCAUGCUCCCAACCGACGCGCCAGUGAUCAUCGUCACGGCAUCGUACGAGGGCCAGCCGACGGACAAUGCGCGCAUGUUUGUUGCGGCCCUAGCAGAGAACAAGGAUGCGGAAAGCCUCAAGGGUGUCAAGUACAUGGUCAUGGGGGCGGGUCAUCACGAUUGGGCGGCAACGUUCCACAAGAUUCCCAAGUUUAUCGACAGGCGGCUGGAGGAGCUCGGAGCGGAACGCAUCGAGCCGCUCUCAGUUGGCGACGCGGGGGAGGACAUUGUGGGUGAUUUUGAGGCGUUCAAGGCGCGUGUCUGGCGACGCUUCGGCAGCAGUCGUGAAUCGACUCCGGCAAAGGAGGACGCGUCGGAGCCAUUCGUGCUCCUCCCACGCUCGGCCAACAUGGCCGCACCAGCUCUGGGCUGCGGUAUCGAAACCGUCGGCACCGUGCUCGAUUCCGAGGUACUCACAAGUGUGAUGCCCGAUUCGCCGCAGACCUGCCUGGUCACGAUCCAGCUCCCCAAAGGCCUGACGUAUCGGGCGGGCGAUUACCUCGCCAUCUUCCCCAAAAACCCGAAACCCACGGUGGACCGCGCGCUCGAGCACUUCGGACACCGCACCGAGGACACAGUCGUAUUCAACAGGCCAACAUCGUUCUUUCCGCUCAAAGUACCCAUGCGUCUCGGUGACCUGCUUUCGUCCUUUGUGGAGCUCGGACAGCCAGUCUCAAAGAAGGUACUGCCCCUCAUCGCCGAAUACUCGGACGACGCGGCCAAGGCUCGCCUCAAGGUGCUUGAGGACAAUUACGCCCGGGACAUUAUUGGGCCUCGCCUCUCGCUCCUCGACAUCGUCCUCACCACUCCGGGGUGCAAGCCGCCCCUCGACGUCUUCCUCGCCAACCUACCCAAGAUGAAGAUCCGACAGUACUCGAUCUCUUCCACGCCACUCGAGAGCCCCGACGUCGUCACUCUCACGUUCACGGUACACACCGCACCGAGUGCGGCAGGUGACCGCGUCCUCGGCGUUGCCAGCAACUAUGUCGCCUUCUUGAAUAAGGGCGACAACCUUCUCUGCACCGUCAAGGGCUCAGCCGGCUUCUACCUCCCUGCCGACCCUGAAGUUCCCGUUGUGCUCUUUGCUGCCGGCUCGGGUGUCGCCCCCUUCAUCGGCUUCAUCGCCGAGCGCGCGAUCAUGGCUGCCGCCGGGCGCAAGGUCGGCCGUACCGUGCUGUACUAUGGCACGCGGACGCCGACCGACAUCGUGCGCAAAGACAAGUUUGCACGAUGGGUCAAGGACGGCUUCCUCGAAUUCCGACCCGUCCUGUCGCGUUCCGACGUCAAGGAGGUCGAGGGCCUGCCCGGUGUCACUCUCCUCCCCGAGGCAAAGUACGUCCAAGACCGCGUGUGGGCGGACAAAGAAGACAUGGCCGAGCUGUACGACGCCGGUGCGCAAUACUACACGUGCGGAAGUGGCCGGCGGCUCGGAAACGACCUCAAACAGACACUCGUCAAGAUUAUCGCGGAGAAGAGGCCCGAGGGCGACGACGAGACUGUCGAGUCAAUCAUGGAGCGCCUCGCUCGCGAGCGAUACCGCACCGACGUGUUCCUCUAG